ACCCUAGGUCAGUGGAAUCAAGAGUCUGUAUGAGUCUGAACUGGCUGAUGCCCGAAGAGUUCUGGAUGAAACUGCCAAAGAGAGGGCUAAACUACAGAUUGAAAUAGGCAAACUGAGAGCAGAACUUGAAGAGUUCAACAAAAACUACAAAAAGAAAGAUGCAGAUUUUUCUGUGGCUCAAGGUCGCAUUAAGGAUCUUGAAGUGCUCUUCCAUAGAAGUGAAGCAGAACUCAAUACUGUCCUGAAUGAGAAACGCACUCUGGAAGCAGAGGUGGCUGAUCUGCGUGCCCAGCUGGCUAAGGCUGAAGAUGGCCAUGCUGUUGCAAAGAAGCAGCUGGAGAAAGAGACUCUCAUGCGAGUGGACCUGGAGAAUCGGUGCCAGAGCUUGCAAGAAGAUCUGGAUUUCAGGAAGAACGUGUUUGAGGAGGAAAUCAGGGAAACCAGGAAACGGCACGAACAUCGUUUGGUUGAGGUAGACACUAGCCGCCAGCAGGAGUAUGAAUCCAAAAUGGCUCAGGCCCUGGAGGAUCUGCGAAAUCAGCAUGAUGAACAAGUCAAACUGUACAAGAUGGAGCUGGAGCAGACCUACCAGGCUAAGCUGGAGAAUGCCAAGCUUGCCUCUGACCAGAACGACAAAGCUGCUGGUGCAGCUCGGGAGGAGUUGAAGGAGGCUCGCAUGAGAAUAGAAACUCUCAGCUACCAGCUUUCCAGCCUUCAGAAACAGGCUAGUGCAGCAGAAGAUCGUAUUCGGGAGCUGGAGGAGAUGAUGGCUGGGGAGCGGGAUAAGUUCAGGAAGAUGCUGGAUGCCAAGGAGCAGGAGAUGACAGAAAUGAGGGACCAGAUGCAGCAGCAGCUUACGGAGUACCAGGAGCUGCUUGAUGUUAAGUUAGCACUGGACAUGGAAAUCAGUGCUUACCGAAAACUCCUGGAAGGAGAAGAGGAAAGGCUGAAGCUGUCUCCAAGUCCCUCGUCCCGUGUUACAGUCUCUCGGGCUACCUCCAGCAGCAGCAGUAGCAGCGCGUCAGUUAUUCGCUCUUCCCGAGGCAAAAGAAAAAGGAUGGAAGCGGAGGAGCUUUCGGGCAGUGGGACGAGCGGAAUUGGCACUGGAAGUAUUAGUGGCAGCAGUAGUAGCAGUAGCUUCCAAAUGUCCCAACAAGCUUCAGCUACUGGAAGUAUCAGCAUUGAAGAGAUAGACUUGGAGGGCAAGUAUGUUCAACUUAAGAACAACUCGGAGAAGGAUCAGUCUUUGGGUAAUUGGAGAUUGAAGAGACAAAUUGGAGAUGGAGAAGAAAUUGCUUACAAAUUUACUCCAAAGUAUGUCCUCCGGGCUGGGCAGACUGUAACAAUCUGGGGUGCAGAUGCAGGUGUAUCUCACAGCCCUCCUGCUGUUCUCGUGUGGAAGAAUCAAAGCAGCUGGGGUACCGGAGGAAACAUCCGCAUGUACCUCGUCAACUCCGACGGAGAGGAAGUUGCAGUGAGAAUUGUUACUAAAUCAGUAGUCGUGAGAGAGAAUGAGGAGGAAGAGGAUGAAGCAGAGUUUGGAGAGGAAGACCUUUUCAACCAACAGGGGGAUCCCAGAACAACCUCUAGAGGAUGCGCAGUGAUGUGAAGAAAGAAAAAAGAAAAAAUAUUAUUUGCUACUUUUUCUGUUAAUUCCUUUUCUUAUUUUUUUCCCUCCAGAGCCACUGAAAACUAUUUUUAUAUGUAUCAUCAUAUUUCUUUAAGGUUUACUCCUUGGUACAUUUUUAUUAAAAAGAAAAAAAGAAAA